AAUAAAUAUAUAAAAUAAGACAUACAAAAUUAUAAAAUAAAAAAUACGAAAUAUAUAAAAUUAAAAACAAAAGUAUAUAAAAUAAAAACAAAAAAAUGAAUCUAUAACUUUGUCACAUCCUCGUCGUUAGAUCUGGGUAGUGCAAAGAGCAAGAGAACAUUGCAGAGAGAUAAUAUUGUUUAAAAAAACAGAAAGAUUGUCAUCAGCGAUUCCAAAAACCCCCGAGUACCGAGUUUCAUCCGAAUCGAGCCACUUUUUGCAUUUCCAUUAUAUUGAAUGUGCUAUUUUGAAUUUCAAAAUUUUAAGUUCAGAUUCGUAAUUAGCGAUCUCAAAAAACCCUGAAUAACAAAUUUGAAGUAAAUUGUAUUUAAGAUAAAUAUGUGGCUCAAAAGGUUAAAGGAAAAGUUGACAUGCCAAUAACAAAACCACGGUUACUUUUUUGGUACCAGUUAUUGGCACGUCACUAAACAUAAACAAAACGAAAAUUGAUAAAUAUUAUAGCUGCUAUAAUAUCUUUGAAGUUUUGCCAUGACGAAAUGAAGAAUAAUAGAGCUUCGCAUUUCAGUUUUUCUGAAAUAUAAAUGGUUUUUCGCAAGUAGCAUACUAAACUCCUCGCCUAAUAAAGUCAUUCCUGGUGAUGCUCUGAGUAAGUCAGUAUUUGUUUUUGCUGUCCGCUCCGAAAGGCAAUGUUAAAGAUCUGAGACAAUAUAGUGAAGUUGGUGAAAGAGUAGUUUAAAUGAACAUAUGAACGUUGCACACGAGCAUCGUUUAUUUGACGAGAAAUUUGAGUUAAAAUAUAAAUGUGCUAAUAACUGUACCCCUGCCAAUAACUGUAGCUCUUACCCUAUAUCUUUUUCUUCUUCUUAUAUAUGAUCCGGAUCUUACUCUAUAUCGUUUAUAUAUAUUAGUUGUUCUAUAAGUUCGUGCCGUGAUGUGUUUAUACUUCUCGCGUUACGUGUUAUAAUCACAGAUACAAGGAUUUGGAUGACUAAAUUUUUAUACUUUAGUUUAGUCUGUAGAAGGCAUUCGAGAGCCACAGGUCGUGAAGUUUUAUAUUUAAUACCCGAUAAAAUAAUGAGUGAAAUACGUGUCCAUUUUCGUCAUUUCAUGCUGUAUGAGUUCCGAAAAGGAAAUACGGCAACAAGUGCAAAAAAUAACAUUUAUGCCGUUUAUAGGAAAGGUGUUUUAUCGGCUCGUACAUGCAGAAAGUGGUUUGAUCGAUUUCGGAAGGGAAAUUUUAAUCUGGAAGAUGAGCCACGUGCCGGACGUCUAGUCGAGGCGGACGAAGACAGAAUUCGUAAUCUGGUGAACGAAACGAGAAGUUUGUCAGUGCGAGAAAUGUCGCAAAUUCUAAACAUGUCAAAAUCAUGUGUACAUAGACAUUUAAAGGAAAUGGGAAUGGUGCCAAAACUGGACGUAUGGGUGCCGCAUCAACUCACGGAGCGUAAUCGCCUUAAUCGCGUGGCAACGUGCAUAUCAUUGCUUGCACGUAACGAAAUGGAACUCUUUCUGAAACGCGUAGGAACUGAAAAUGAAAAGUGGAUCAUGUACGAAAGUCCCCAAAAGAAACGAACUUGGACCGAAAGAGAAAAUCCAGCAGAGUUGCAAAACCUGGUUUACACCCUUGCAAAGUUCUUCUUUCUGUAUGGGAUUACCAAGGAAUUUUGUUAUUCGAGCUGCUUCCGCAAAAUCAGAUAAUUAAUGAGAAAAUUAAUUAAUCAGAAAAUUAGCUCGAAAAAUUAAGAGAAAAAAAUUGCAGAAAAACGUCCAAGACUCGUAAAUCGUGGUAAUGUGAUUUUCCAUCACGACAACGCGAGACCGUAUGUUGCACAAAGUGUAUGAAAAAAAUUACGUGAAUUUCGUUAGAAAAUUUUAUCCCAUCCACCUUAUUCUCCGGACAUUACACCAUCGGACUUCUACUUGUUUCGAUCAUUAUAACAUUUUUUAGCUGGCAAGAAAUUUAACAAUGUAAACGCAAUAGAAAAUGCUUUACAAAAAUAUUUUAAUGAUAAACCAAAGAUAUUUUAUACCAAUGGCGUAAUAUCGUUGUCUAAAAAGUGGGAAGAGGUUGUGGAAAGCGAGGGUGAUUACAUUUUUUCAUAAGCUUCAUUGGUAAGAUUAAAAUAUUAUUUUAUAUAGUAGAAAAAUAAACGUUACGAACUUAUGGGACGACUUAAUAUAAUAAAAACAAUAAUAGUUCCAAUAUAAAUUCCUGUGGUAUCCCGUAGCAAUUAGGUCAGAUCAAUCAUCAUCAUUGUGACCACAUUUUAAUACAACAUACACAUACACACAGUCCUUGUUAUUCCAUAUAAUUUACUCAAUAAUCUCUCUUUAACUAUCGUCCCGAACACUCGUUUAAGAUCCAUAAAUAUUCCUACUAUUUUUUCUUUACUGACUGUUAAUUUUCAAUCGUCAAUCAUGACCUGAAUCGCUGUUUGACAUGAAUGUUGUUUUAUAAAAUUUUUUCUAAAUGUAUUUCUAUCUGUUUUUUUACCACUAGGUCUAAUAUUUUCUUAUAUAUUAAGAUUGUAUAUAUCGGACAUAUAUUGAUCGAUCUAUGUAUUCAUUAACUUAUCUUGGUUUCCCUACUUUUAGGAUCGAUAUUGUGUAUAUUUUUUACUCAUCUAGAUUGAUGAUUUGUUCUC